UGCUCAAAGAAAAGAUGAAGGAUGUGUUAGUUCAACCUGCAAAAGAGUUAAUACAAAAAAUUGAGUUCAUCAACUUAUUAUGCCGUUUUGGUGUGUCGUAUCAUUUUGAUAAUGAGAUUGAAGAACAACUUAAUCAUAUUUUCAUCUUACUUCCUAAGCUCCUUGAUAACAAUAACCAUGAUUUCUACAGUAUAACACUUCUAUUUCGAGUUAUGAGGCAAUAUGGAUACAAAAUAUCUCCCGAUGUGUUUAACAAAUUCAAGGACAAAGAUGGAGGGUUCAAGAAAACUAUCACCAGUGAUGUGAAAGGCCUUCUUAGCUUAUACGAAGCAACAUUUCUAAGUAUACAUGGAGAAGACAUUUUAGAUGAAGCUCUUGCCUUUACAAGGCAACAAUUGGAAAUCUUAAUUCCACAAUUAAGCCCUCGUGUUGCAAAUCAUGUAAGAAAAGCUUUGCGGCAGCCAAACCACCAUGACAUAGAUAGAAGACAGGCGAGGGAAUACAUAUGCUUUUAUGAAGGAGAAGAGUCACGAGAUGAAUCUCUUCUCAAAUUUGCAAAGCUGGAUUUUAUUCGACUGCAACUAUUAUAUAAACAAGAGUUAGCAUCACUCUCAAGGUGGUGGAAAGAUUUAAAUCUUGUAGAAAAGCUUCCAUACAUAAGAGAUAGAAUUGCAGAGAGCUAUAUGUGGGCAGUCGGAAUUCAUUUCGAGCCUCAGUAUGCUCUUUCACGGUUGAUGUUGGCUAAGUAUAUACAGUUGUUAACAUUGAUAGAUGAUACAUACGAUGCAUAUGGAACAAUUGAUGAACUUCAAACUUUUACUGCUGCAAUUGAAAGGUGGAAUAUUGGUGAAAUUAAUAAGCUGCCAGAUUAUAUGAAAGUUCUUUACAUAUUUAUCUUGAAAUUUUUUGAUGAAAUAGAGAACAAUGGCGAAAUAGAGAAUUUUGGCUAUCGAACCUCUUACGCCAAAGAGAAGUUGAAAGAGAUAGUGAAGGGAUACUUUGUUGAGGCACAAUGGUUCAAUGAUGGUUAUAUACCACCUUUCGACGAGUUCAUGCACAAUGGACUAUACACUAGCGGCCAUGGUGCAAUUCCAGCAAUAUCCUUCAUCAGACUGGAAAAUAUUGUAGGAAAUAAGGAAUAUGAAUGGGUAGAAAGCAAUCCAAAAAUUAUCAAGUCCGUCAAGUUACUUUCCCGUCUAAUAAAUGACAUAACAAAACGAAAGGAUGAAGAAAAGAAGGGCGAUGGUCCAUCAGGUGUGGAUUGCUAUGUGAAUGAAUACAGUGUGUCGCAAGAAAAGGCAACAGAAGAAAUUAAGAAAAUGUGUGAAAAUGCAUGGAAGAACAUGAAUGAGGAGUAUAUGGAGGCAAGUGGUGUGUCGAGAGCUCUACUCAAGUAUUACCUCAGCUUAGGACGUACGUUAGAGUUUAUUUACGAUAAGCACAUCGAUUACUUCAUUGAUGCAUCAAGCAUGAAGCAGUAUAUUACAUCAUUAGUGCUCGAGCAAUUGGCUUUGGAUUAA